GGAACCACCCUGGACAGACCGUUUGUCUACGGUAAUAUUUCGAACGUUCUAACCACGCGCAAGGAUGACGCGCAUACGCACAAAUGGACCGUAUUCUUCCGCUCAAUCAACGCCGAGGACUACUCGUCGUUUAUAUCCCAAGUGGUCUUCAAGCUUCAUGAAAGCUUCCGCGAUCCCGUCCGUG